GGGGGGGCCGGAGGAGCCGGAGGAGCAGGAGUCACCGCCGCCGCUGGCGAGGCCGAAGCCGAGCCCGCCGCCCCACUUCCUGUGCAGGCCCCGCCGCCCAACAGACCCUCCUUCCCCGCCCCGGGACCGGCCCCGGCCGCGGCAGCAGGAGGAGGAAGAGGAGCCCCCGUCACCGCCGCCACCCCCGGCAGUCCCCCCCGGCAGUCCCGUCCCCCCCCGGCAGUUCCCCCCGCGGCAGUCAGUCCCCCCCGAGCGAGCCGGAGCCCGCGCCGCCCUCGUCGCAGCCCUCGCCGCCGCCAUGGGCCAGAACGACCUGAUGGGCACCGCCGAAGACUUCGCCGACCAGUUCCUGCGUGUGACGAAGCAGUAUCUCCCUCACGUGGCCCGCCUGUGCCUGAUCAGCACCUUCCUGGAGGAUGGCAUCCGCAUGUGGUUCCAGUGGAGCGAGCAGAGAGACUAUAUUGACGCCACCUGGAACUGUGGCUACAUAUUGGCCUCCAUCUUUGUGUUCCUAAACCUUCUGGGGCAGUUGACUGGCUGCAUCUUGGUGCUGAGCAGAAACUUUGUGCAGUAUGCCUGCUUUGGACUGUUCGGGAUUAUAGCAUUACAGACCAUCGCCUACAGUAUUUUAUGGGAUCUAAAGUUUUUGAUGAGGAAUCUGGCCUUGGGAGGAGGUUUGCUGCUGCUGCUGGCUGAAUCCCGUUCUGAAGGGAAGAGCAUGUUUGCCGGUGUCCCCACCAUGCGGGAGAGCUCCCCAAAACAGUACAUGCAGCUCGGCGGCAGGGUCCUGCUUGUCCUGAUGUUUAUGACUCUCCUUCACUUUGAUGCCAGCUUCUUUUCGAUUCUCCAGAACAUCGUGGGCACGGCUCUGAUCAUCUUAGUAGCCAUCGGCUUUAAAACCAAGCUGGCCGCCUUGACUCUGGUCGUCUGGCUCUUCGGCAUCAACGUCUAUUUCAACGCCUUCUGGACCAUCCCCGUCUACAAACCCAUGCACGACUUCCUCAAGUACGACUUCUUCCAGACCAUGUCCGUCAUCGGAGGCCUGCUGCUGGUGGUGGCCCUGGGGCCCGGCGGAGUGUCCAUGGAUGAGAAGAAGAAGGAGUGGUAACGGGCCCGGCUCGCCGGCCGGCCCGAGCCGGGGCCGCCCGGGACCGGCUCUCUGUGGAUUUGACAAAACUGCCGGCGUUCUCGUGUCCCACCCCGCCCCUCCCCCCCCUCCGGUAAAGGCACAGAUGUCUGGAGAGCUUUAUCUGCAGCGACACCGAUAAUCCGCAAAAUCGAUGGCUAAAUCCGAGCGGGAGCCCGUUGCUCCAGUCGUGAUCUCUCACACUUUUUUUUAUUUUUAGGUCGGCCACAGCCCCUCCGGUUCACGUGCCCCGGGCGGGGGCUCGGGGGGCGGUGCGGGAGACGGGGCUACUUACGCCUUUGGCCUAAGUGGGGUUUUUUAUGAUUUAAAAAAACAGAAAAAAAUCUCCAAGUUGUACUGUGAGCGGAAACCCGGCCAUAUCAUUCAAUGUGGUGGUCUCUUUUUUAUUUUUAUUUUUUUUUCCUCUCAUUUACACUUCUCGCUCGAACUACUCUGAUUUGUGUUGCCCCAGCCAAACAAGGAAACACUAGUCUAAACUCUCUGGACACCCCGUUCCCCCGCCCCCAUAUUGCUCUUGCCAUAUACGAAAAGAAGUUUGGGUUUUUUCUUUGUGUGUUUGACUGUAAAAUCAGAAGUCCCUUGAAGUACAGUAUUAAGCAUCUAGAGAAACUGACACAGACAGAAAAGGGGUGGAUGAGGAGGAAAUGGCCCCGCUGGCUGGAGUGGGAUCCGAUCAUCGAUUUAAGCCGCCGUAAUUAACGUCCCCUUCUUCCCCACCCGAAGGAGGCGUCUGAUAGACGAGGCCGUUGGCCCACCCCGCCCCCUGACCCCGACUGGGAGAUCUGGGACCGUCAACGGGGGAAGAACCGAACCGGGCCUCGCUUCUGCCAGCCCGCUGGAUUUUUCUUUUUAGCAGCGGGUGUCGGCAGCUGCCCGUCGGAGAAAGGCAGAACUGGUCAACUCCCCAUUUCCUAGUCGGGGAGGAGGGAGGAGGCUGCUGCUUAAGGCCUGGUUGCGGCGGCACGGCUGAUCUGACAGCCGAGGCCCUCCUUCCCAGAACGGAAACUCUCCCACCCACCCGCAAGGGCUCUCUCGGGCCACAGCCAGAUUCCCCCUCAACCGAGCAAGAUCUUAACUUCCCGUCAAAGUUCGAGUGAACCCCUGAACUGGUUCUUAGGAGCUCUCCCCCGACCCUCCCACCCCACUUUUAUGGAUGAAAACGUUUUUUCUCCACGCUACGAGCGUGGGCUGGGUUCUGGCCCCAGCGUUUACCAUUUCAGAAGCAGAGUGUUGCUUUGCUGCUCAAUUUUUUUGUUUUUCCCUUUUUUUUUUCCUCUCCCCCUGCAGCCAAAUUGACAAUAUCUGUGAUGGCUUGAUUUGAUCUGAGUCCUGUAUUUAAAGUUUUCUAACACCGCCUCACGUUGCGUUUCUCUUUCUUGGCGUACUCGAUGCCGGACGACGUUGGCGCCCCUGUGUGUGCCCUCCCUGGGGUGGGGCCUGGCUGUCCCCACCCACCUAGGGUGGCUCCUUGGAAAAGGGAAGUGGAAAGUGGGGAGCAGCUUCCACCCGGCGUUAUGCCCCCCAACCGCCCGCCAAUCACAGCAGACGGCCCGGCGUCCUCCCUGCCGUCCCCCACAGCUCAAAUACUGAACCUUUGGGUUUGUUUUCCAGCGUAACACCACCUCCCGCAGCCUUUUGUUCUUUUCUCCUCUCUGGGACAUCGCCUCCUUUCGAUCAAAUCUCCGAGAAGUGCCCACCCGCUCGGUCUGGAGGGCCUAAAGGCGUCCAACGGCCCGAGCGAGGGGGAAGGCUGGCACCCCCUCCACGCCAGCUGAAAAAUGGGGCUGGCGGUGGAGUUCCCGGGCCGACGGACUCUCGAGGCCUCAGCCCGGGCCCUGCCCAGCUGUUCCGUUCAGACCCCCCGAGUGGGCACCGGGCUCCUCACGCUGCGGCAACCGGACCCGGCGAACCCCGGCCUCUUCCACGGUAGGCGGAGGCCGUCGGGGGCCGUUCCCAGUCGGGCCCCAUCCCGGCUCGCUAGUAUUUAUGACACAGGUGAAGCUAAACCUGUUUAACGGUAAGGGAUGUUUCUUCACGGUAACCGAAGCGAGGCCACGUCAACUUCGUUUUAGGCGAGGGUGGGCUUCAGACGGGGGCGGUUCGCCCUCCAUCUUCCUGACCCCGUCCACUACAGCAGCCCAGUCAAAUGUCGCACGGCGGCGGGGUACGUCUUCUCCGGCGGCCCCAUUCCGGCUAGGAUAGCAACCUCCGUCUGCCCUAUCUCGGGAGGGUGGUGUUCUGUCCACAGAAAGCUAAAUUGACCUCUGCAGCCGAAGUACUGGUCUAGCCCAAAGGGACGCUCCCCCCAAAGCGGUGUUCCGGCUGCUCCUUUCUCCCCUGCCUUCGACGUGGCGCGGCACAAAAAUCACACCUAAUUAGCUCCGACUGAAGUGUUUGGGGGUGUCUCUGUUGGUUGUCUUUUUUUUUUUUUGCUUUGGGAGGAAAAAAAAAAAAAAUCUCAUUUUAUGCUGUAUUUUAUAUCUUAGUUGUGUUUGAAAAUGUUUUGAUUUUGAGACAAGACAUCGAAAUAAUAAAAUGGCAUUUGUUGUACCUAG